AUGACGAGCAAGUGCUUCGGUUUGCUUUUGGACCACCUGGCUCAUAUCUUCACUGUACUUUUGAGCCUCUUUGAUCUUCGCCUCUUGAUGGAUGACCAAGGCUUGCAACUCAUCGAGCUUUGUGAGGGCUCGGUCCUUUUCUCACAGUACUUGACCCAAAUCCUUGAUCGUCUGAGCCUAUUUUGCGCAUUCGGCCUCAAGACCAUCUAUGGUGAGGAUAGAUUCUUGUUCUCUUUCUUCAAGGGCCCUUAUCUAGGUUCCCAUGAUUUCUAUCCUCCGGGUCAAGGCGUCAACUUGAUUUCGCAGCUCUUCACUUCAUUGGAGACAGCUACUCGAGCUUUUCCUAGCUCUCUAUCUCCCAUAAAGACUGGCUUCUCCCAUGCUCUUCUCACAGCUAGUGAGUUAGCAACUGUGCAUGGGUCUCCGAAGAAACACAGUCCUUCGAGCUCCUCUCGGGAUAUUGCAGUUUGA